CCUUCUCAGUUCCACUCAGCUGAACUCACACCUCAUCGAAACAUGACCUACGGCUGCUCCUCCGGAAACUUCUCCUCCCGCUCCUUUGGGAGCUACCUGCAAUACCCACGCUUCUCCUGUGGCUCUUCCUACCCCAGCAACCUUGUCUACAGCACUGAUCUCCAGUCUCCCAUCAACUACCAGCUGGGCUCCUCUCUCUUCAGUGGCUGUCAGGAGAACUUCUGUGAGCCCAGCAGCUGCCAGAGGUCCUGUGUGGUGUCCAGCCCCUGCCAGACGUCCUGCUACCGCUACAGGCGCAGCCCCUGCCGGAAGAUUUACUCCAGAUCUCUGGGCUUUGGGUCCAGCAGCUGCCACUCCCUGGGCUCUAGGUCAAGGAGCUGCUACUCCUCAGGCUGUGGCUCCAGUGGCUUUGGAUCCGUGGGUUAUGGAGUCCGUGCCUUCCCUUCUCUUGGUUAUGGGUCUGGGUUCUGCCGUCCAAAUUUCUUAACUUCCAGAACCUUCCAGUCUCCUUGUUACAGACCAACCUGUGGCUCUGGCUUUUAUGGAUUCACUUGUUAA